UGGAAGAAUCUGUGUGCGGUUCUAUUUUGCCAUCUGUGAUAUAAUUUAGAAUCGGUAUUCUUUAUAGAUAUCUCCAUAUAACAAAUUGGAAUUGAUAUAUUAAUUUUGAAAGAAAUUUUUAUAUUUAUAAGUCAAUUAAAAUGCCUGAAAAGAAAAGUAUAAUACCGUCUCGUGUAAAUCCCGAUUUACAAAAAGAGCGAGAUUCAACAAGCUUCAGUAUACAAGAAUUUCAAGAAUGGUGGGCUGGAGGUGCUGAAAAAUUAAGAGAAAAACGCGAAAUAGAGGAGUAUCUUUUCAAGGAUAUGGGCGAUAGUUUUGCUCACGAGUUUCUCUCUCACGAAGAUCUUUACAAUGAAGCCGUUAAGCACGUCACACAAGCUGCAACAAAACUAAGAAAGUUAAAGCAGGAAAAAAAAUCUACAGGAGAUGAAAUUUGGCCUAAAAUGUUAUAUGGAGUAGCAAGUCAUGGUCUAAUGCCGGCCAAUCACCCGUUUGCAACGCAUAUAACUAUGUUUGUUGACGUCAUCAUGGGACAAGGUACACCGGAACAAAUUGAAAAGUUUGGAAAACCGGCAGCAAAUUGUAAUAUAAUCGGCACCUAUGCACAAACCGAGUUAGCCCAUGGCACAAAUGUGCGUGGUAUCCAAACACGCGCCGAUUACGAUAGCAAAACCGAUGAAUUUGUUCUGAAUACUCCGUCAUUGGAAGCUUAUAAAUGGUGGCCUGGUGGAAUGGGCCAUACCUCUAAUUAUGCCAUGGUUGUUGCACAAUUAUACAUUAAAGAUGAACAUAAGGGUAUUCAAAUGUUUGUUGUACCUGUGCGAGAUACUGAAACUCAUAUGCCAUUACCGGGUAUAGACAUUGGUGAGAUUGGUAAGAAAUUAGGUAUGGCCGGAGUUAAUCAAGGAUUUUUGGGUUUGAAAAAUGUACGCAUACCUCGUACAAAUAUGUUGAUGAAAUUUGCUAAGGUGAAUCGUGACGGUAGUUUUGUGCAAAGUCCAGCUUCGAGAUUAAAUUACUUGACUAUGGUAUAUACGCGUUGUUUGAUUGUAAAUCUGGAUUCUAGUUAUUUGGCACAAGCAGCUACAAUAGCCACACGUUACUCUGCUGUUAGGCGUCAAAGUCCCAUCAAUCCUGAUGAACCAGAACCACAAAUUAUGGAUCAUGUGACACAGCAAUUAAAACUGUUUCCAGAAAUUGCUAAUGCCAUGGCUUAUUAUUUAUCUGCGGAAUACAUGUGGGAAAUGUAUGAUAAGACCCUUAAAGAAGCGGAUAAAGGCGAAUACUCCAGGUUACCAGAAAUGCAUAUUUUAUCUUGCGCGUUGAAAGUGCUUUGUACUACAGACGCCUGUGCUGGCAUUGAACGUCUACGUUUAGCAUGUGGUGGUCAUGGCUAUCUAACUGCUGCAAACUUAGGUAAUAUUUAUGGUAAUGCUGUGGCUGCUUACACAUACGAAGGUGAAAAUACUGUUCUAUUGCUUCAAAUUGGACGGUACCUAAUGAAAGCUUGGGCUAAUUUUGCAAGUGGCAAAAAAUUAUCGCCAAGUAUGGCUUAUUUAGAAGAAGUGAAUCGUAUGAAGAAAUUCCCUAAGUGGAACAAUUCCUGGGAGUGUAUAGUAAAAGCUUUUCAAUUUGCAGCUGCCAAAAAAAUUCAAAUUGCUUUCGAAAAUCUUUCCAAGCGCAUAGCUGCUGGCGAAACUCAGGAAGAAGCUGCUAAUCAUACUGGCAUUGAACUAAUACAGGCUGCCGAAUUACAUGGUCGUCAAUUUGUUGUUACUACAUUCUUAAAUCAGAUCAUAGGUCCAAAGAGUGCCAAACGCUCAGCAGGAUUAAAUGGCGUCUUGCAUAAUAUUUUAGAACUAUUUUUGGUUAAUUACACUUUUAAUAGCAUGCAUGAAAUCCUGAAAUUCGUGGAACUUGAUGAUGCAGAUUUACGUUCUCUACAAAAGCGUUUGGAGGUAGUCCUUAAAAAAAUUCGACCUGAUGCUGUGGGAAUUUGUGAUUGCUUUGAUUUUCAUGAUCGUGUUCUAAAUUCUGCGUUAGGAAGCCAUGAUGGCAAUGUAUACGAACGUAUAUUUGAAGCCGCCAAAAAAAGUCCACUCAACCAGAAACCUGUGCCGGAUGCUUUUGAAAAAUACCUCAAGCCUUUCAUGAAAUCCAAUUUGUAAUCAAAAAGAAAAUAUUAUAAGAUUUUUUAUAAAGAAAUUUUUUGCUAUCUACUGAAA